GUCGAACGUCACAAGAGCAGAUUUGAACCUGACGUUAAAGCAUUAAAUGGCCUCAUUAAAACCUGAACGUUCGUACUCACACUGCUGCGGUGGAUGUAGUGCCUUGCUCAUAGGCACUCCACAGCAGUAUGGGGGCGGAGCUACGGGAACCUGGAGGUGUGUGUUUUCGUUGAGUGUUUCCGCGGAAAAAAGCUCAUUCGGCGGAGAAUCGAACCCACGGACUGUCACCGACACACGGAGCCGAACCGGAGCCGCGGUACGAGCGAUAGAAUCCCGCGUUUGGGGUCGAACAGCUGGAAAACAUCUGGAGGCGCUGGGACAUGAGGAGCCAGCUGCGGACCUGAGGGAGGACAGCCACUGACAUGGCCCACGUAGGCAACGGAGCGAGCGGAGAGGAGGAGGAUUGUUUUGAAGAUGCCUACGACCGGAUACCUGCGGCGGGUCACAUGGACCUGCAGACAGCCAUCCAGGAGACUCAGUGUGCUCUCAACCUGGUGCUCAACGACAAGUUCUCUGAGGCCUUGGACCUCCUCAGACCAUGGUGGAAGAACAGUAUGUACCAUGCGUUGGGAUACAGCAGCAUCCUGGUGAUGCAGGCGACCAUGACGUUUGAGCACAGUGACAUCCAGACCGCCAUGGGAACCAUCAAGGAGGCGUUACAGACCUGUCAGAGGUUCAGGAAGAAGAACUCAGUGGUUGGAUCUCUGUCCAGUCUGAUCAGCAAACAGUCCAACCUGCAGGAAGAGGAGAUGCACGCGGAGAUCUGCUACGCCGAGUGUCUCCUGCAGAAAGCCACGCUGACGUUUGUCCAGGAUGAAAACAUGAUCAGUUUUAUCAAAGGAGGAAUCAAGAUCCGAACCAGCUACCAAAUCUACAAAGAAUGUCAGAACAUGCUGAAUGCCAAUCAGGGCCUGGCCGCCCAGUCUGAUUCGUUCAGACAGUUUGAGGGCGGAGUCAAGCUCGGCAUCGGGUCCUUCAACCUGAUGUUGUCCCUCCUUCCUCAGAGGAUUUUGAGGUUGCUGGAGUUUAUCGGAUUCUCAGGAAACAGGGGCUUUGGUUUGUCUCAGCUGAGAGAGGGAGCCUCGGGUCACAGCUUGCGGGCGAUCCUCUCCGCUCUGACUCUGCUGUUCUACCACACAUACGUCUCACUGAUACUUGGAACUGGGGAGGGGAACCUGGUGGAGGCUGAAGCUCUGCUGGAGCCGUACAAACACAAAUACCCCAAAGGAUCCAUUAUCCUCUUCUACACUGCGCGCAUCUGCACACUGCGAGGAAACUUCGAGAAGGCCCGGGCCAGAUACGAGGAGUGCAUCAGCAGCCAGCAGGAGUGGAAGCAGAUCCACCAUCUUUGUUACUGGGAGCUGAUGUGGACCCACUCCUACCAGCAGGAGUGGCAGCAGGCGUACCACUACGCUGACCUGCUGUGCAAAGAGAGCCGCUGGUCAAAGGCCAUCUAUAUGUACCAGAAGGCCGCCAUCCUCAGUAUGAUGUCAGAGGAGGAAGUGAAGAAGACGGGGGAGGACGUGGUGGAGCUCUUCAGUCAGGUAGAGGGGCUGAAACAGCGCCUGGCAGGGAAAUCGAUCCCAACUGAGAAAUUUGCCGUGAGGAAGUCCAGACGCUACAAAGUGGCUCAACCCGUGCCUCUGGUCAUCCCGGCUCUGGAGAUGAUGUACGUCUGGAACGGUUUCACCAUCGUGGGAAAAAGACCCGACAGCACCGAGGCUCUGCUGGUGACCAUCGAGGCGGCGGAGGAGCAGCUGCUCAACAACCCCAACCCAUCAGAGUUUCAUCCAGACGACAGCUGCCUGGUCCAGAUGUUGAAGGGUCUCUGUCUGAAACAUCUGGGCAGGUUGCUGCAGGCGGAGCUCUGCUUCACACAGGUCCUGUCCAGUGAGAGUCGCAUCAGAUAUGACCACUACCUGGUUCCCUUCACUCUCUAUGAGUUGGGUCUGUUGUAUAAACAACAAGGAGAUUUCACCAAGGCUACGUCGUACAUUGAAAAUGCCAAGACGAACUACAAGGACUACUCCAUGGAGUCCAGACUGCACUUCAGGAUCCACGCGGCCCUCAGCAGCCUCAGAGGAUCCCCAGUCGGCACCCCAUAAUACUCCUGACCGCUGGGUCCUGCAGCCACAGACAUGAAUCCAGGGAUUCUCACUCCGCUGUGGCCGCGUCUUAACGAAGCAGCGACGUGUGUCGAGGUUUUCACAUGACCACAGGUUUUUUAUUUUACUGCUUAUGAAAUGUUAUAUGUUAACUUAUUUAUUUUUUGGAAGAAUGAGGUUAUUUAAGUUUGUGCCUCCGACGUCCCUUUAGUUUCCCACAGAGGUUUUUAUCAGUGGAGCAGAUUCAUGGUUCUGUUGCUAGUAAACAAAUCAUGGCCUUAAACUGAAGGUUCAACUCACCUGAAGACCUUUCAGUGUUUUUACGUUAAAUCAACACGAUGUAACUUUUUCUACCUUAAACCAGCAGCUUGAUUAAAGUGAGUUUGAUGGUUGAGUGAACAAGGUGAGGUUUCCCCACAGGGGGCGCUGUUGAUCUACACAAGUUACAUGGUGUUGAUUUAAUAGAAGGGGGCAGGAACACAAAAUCUUCAUUGUUUUUUUUUUUACUUUGCCUUUUUAAAAUCUCAAAUGAUGCCACAUCUGCACAUGAUACACAAAUGAGGGUGUUUGUGGACACGUCAUCACAGCCUUCUCACCAACCGUGGCUUAUAUACACACACACACACACACACGCAAAUGGCUGAAAACGCACACAUUUAGCAGCAGUAUAAAAUAAUCUGUGCUGUCAAAUAACUUCUCGCUGAUUUUGUGUCCAGGUGUAGUGUCAGUUUCGUCUCUCAGAGGCAGAGCAGCUUAUGAGAAAGUUUAUUUUUAUUUAUUUUACACUCCAGGAGAAAUGAAACGUGUCCGUGUGGCUCUUUGUUGACUGAAAGAAAAUAUUUUAUUCACAUGACUCAGUUCUGCCUUUGACAAAUGUUUGCUUCACUAUAACUACACUCGAUCCACAUUCACUCAACCUUCUGUCGACCGAGCUCAUGAAACACAGAAGAUUCUUCGAGCUGUGAACGUUCUCACUGCUGUGGACGUACGGCGUCUGAUUAUAAACCGACUAGCCACGGAAGACAAGGCCUAUUUCUAUCAAAUAAUAUAUAUAUAUAUGUUAAACAACGUCAGUUUAUAUAUGUACUGAUGAAUAAAAGAAGCACAAUCUAUGAUAUCAAUCCCCAUCCCCCUGCAAAUGUAUGCUGGCUUCUUGUAGUUUGAUACUAUUCACCAUGCUGUACAUGUGAUAUAAUAAUAUGUUACACUAACACAAUGAUGUUGAAGAGACACAGUGGUUUUGUGUUAAGUCUGUUUGGAGGAUGAACAGAUUUUCAACUCACUGCUGGAAAUCUGCUGUUUGAACCACAAGGACGUUCAGUUAGUGCAUUUGAACCAGUGUGGAGUACUGUGGUACUGUGGAGUACUGUGGUACUGUGGAGUACUGCGUCUGAAGGUGCUGAUGCUUGUAGGAAUACCAUAAUGAUGUUAAAGUGGCGACCAAAUGAAGCGCUUCAUUCAUUUUUCAAUCAGAGUCGAGUACAGGUAGACGAUGACAACAGUUAGUUAGUCAGACUAAAUUCCUCAGUGCGCUAAAGUCCAACGUGAAACCAAAACCAACCCGAUCAAAUGAAACGAUGGAACAAACACAUGAAGCUUGGUUCAGACUCUCAGGUUAGAAAAAACUUCCUUAUUUGUAUAUUAGCUUCCAUUUUAAAGACUGGAACGAACGUGGGUUUGUUUCAACCUGGAGUUGAAUUCAACAGCGGCAACAAUUGGCCUUCUCCCUAUAACGAAUGUAUCAACCUAAAGACCAAAUUAUAUGUGUGUCUUGUUGUCUUUUGUUUGUAUUUUCUGCCUUUUUUUUGUGUUUUUGAGUGUAAUUUUCUUCAUGUGCUCUGAAACUUUACUUCCAAAGCAGUAAAAUUCACCAAAUGCAGUAAAUAUUCUGGAGUUUGUUUCCGAUAAAGUCACAAAAAGUUCUUAAAGAAGUUUUGGCAAUAAUUCCUAUGAUGUUCCAUCAACUCCUAAUGCUAGGAAACUGCCAGCAGAGUUUUUCCAUAACGUUGUGUAAAAAAUGUAAGCAGUAAAACUACAAUCGUAAAAAUGUUUGUUGGAUCAGUAGCUAUUAAACGAUGAGAGCAGACUCCAGAAUCCUCCACAGUGCAAUAACACGUGGAUUUAGUCGUGUGCAGUGUUAGCUAAGGGUUACGACUUGUGCCUAAGAUUACGAGGAUUAUAUACUAAUAACCCAGAGGCUGCGCAGUCUGAACCAAGAUGGCAAAACUUACUUAUUCUCACAUUCACCCAAAACAGAACCAAGUCACAAAUACUCUCCUUCAAUUCUUACCGGCUCUCACGAUAAAGUAGUAAAGUAACUUGUAACAUUAGCAUGGAACACAGUGUGCUAACGUCAAAAUGUUAGCAUGUGACUCGCCCAAGUUCAUCGCUCGUGCAUUAACGCCUUCGGGUCACAAAACUGAUUUUCAGUCGAUCUUUUGAAAAACCAAAAGAAUCUUUUAGUAACACCUCUUAUGUUUCUCUGCAAACAAUUUCAAUGUGUUUAAAAUUCAGCGGUUUUGGUUUAUGCUAAUAUUUUAGCGUGUAAUAUUUCAGGGACGACGCACUGCUGACGUAUGUUUUUCAAACACAUCAGCUUUACGUAAACUGAACAUCCAUAACCAAAAUCUUGGCGUCGUCUUAGUACAAAAAUAUUCACUUUUCCUUGUUGCAACUUUCUUUUCACAGAAGCUCGUGUGUCAUUUGUGCUCAUGUCAGUGCCUCUGUGUAUCUGUAUCGAAACUGUUGUUCUCAAAUGUCUUUUCUAUAAUCUCUCUGCAUGUUACUCUUGAAAAUAUAUUUAAGUUUUUUUUUCUAAGUUGAGAAUUUACUGUAUAUUGUGUGUUUCACGAAAGAAAAUGAUAUUACAGGCUUUACGGUAACAGAGGAUGAUCCACAAGGUGCAAUAAAAUGAAAACAGUUUUUGUCCAUCGCUGA